AUGGGAAGGUUAUCGUAUAUUCGACGCUUCAUCCCAGGUCUUGCUGCCACCAUAAGUAUCUUUACUCCCUUACUCAAGAAAGGCAAGCCAUACAAGUGGAGCAAGGAGUGCCAGGAGGCCUAUCAGCAAGUACAACAAAUAAUCACUAGGCUUCCCACCAUGAGAGCACCCAUUCCGGGACUUCCGCUUAAACUGUAUUUGGCUGUAAGAAACACAACAGUUGGGGCCUUGCUUGCUCAGGACAAUCAUAAUGGAGACAAGAGUCUCAUUUACUAUGUGAGCAGGCAACUAAGGGGAGUAGAAACGAGAUACCCAAAAACUGAGCUCUUGCCGGUGUUGUCUGGUCGUCUUGCGCAUUGGCUGCUGCAGCUAUCUGAAUUUGAUAUUACAUGCACAACUCCUAAGGCCAUCAAGGGACAAGCUGUGAUUGACAUGCUGGCUCUGUUUCCCGAGGUAGAAGGAUCAACCCUUUCCAAGGAGGUUUUGGGGGAGCUACCGAAAAUGGUGGCUACCGUGACGGAGGAAGAACCAUGGACCCUCUACUUUGAUGGGUCUUCUACAUCAAAGGGUGGAGGAGCAGGUGUGGUGCUUAUUAAUCCCAAUGGGCAUGCUACGGCUCUCUUAUUCAAGCUAGAUUUUCCAUGCUCAAACAAUGUGGCAGAGGAAAUGGGUGCAGAAAGGAUGAAGGUCAUUGGCGACUCUAAUUUGGUGCUAAGUCAAUUGCAAGGAAGCUUUGCUGUGAAGGAGGUGACCUUGGCACCAUAUCGGACGGCUGCUGAAAGGCUCAUUAAUUCCUUCAAGCAAAUAGUGAUGGAGCACAUUCCAGGAGUCACCAAUAGGUAUGUUGAUGCCUUGGCUACGUUGGGAUCCAAGCUCUCAUUCAUGCAAGAGCAGCCCAAUAUUACAGUAAUAAGGAGAGGCACACCAGUAGUUGAAGCAAUGGUCCAGGCGGAGCCGCUGGAAGAAGACGAUUGGAGGAAACCAUUAUAG